CCAGCUCUAAUUCCAACUUCACCACCGCUAAUAACAACAACAAAAAGGCUUGAGGGCACAUACAAAUUAUCAAAAGUCUUGCUUAAAAGCACAAAUACGCAAUUGCAAACAAUUCAAUAAACUCCUCGCACAACUAAGCAGCUGAGAGCACAACAACACAGAACCAGCAAGAUGUCUGUCAGCGAUUUCAUCAAGGGCCUGCCAAUUCAUGAUUCCAAUAAUUUCACUCACCUGAGCAACGAGCACGGAAUACGAACGUCUCAAAAGCGCGCCUCUGUGUAUUUGCCCACCGAAGAUGAGGCCUCGGAGCAGCUUAUUGUAAUGGACAAGCGAUGCGUGCUACUGCGCUAUCUCACCCAACAGUGGGACAAGAAGACAUUGCAGCGUAAACGUGAGCAUGGCAACGAGGGCAACGCCAACAGCUCCACCCCCAUUGGCAAUGGCAGCAACAGCAAAAAGCGCCCACGCAUAGAUCCCAACGAGCUGAACUGAGCGGCAAGACACCGACCAAUCUGAAGGAACCUUCGAACGCAUACAGUGGGUAACUUUAAUAUUCGGCAUUUUUUUUUUUUCAACUUCAAACGCGAAUAAAAUGCAUUAAACUA